CCGGGGUAGCCAAGCGCGGAGCCGGGAAGGGGCCGCAGCCGCGCUGAGCGGCCGGAGGCGGGGCGAGGAGGUUCAGUGGCUGGAGCGAGCUUCGCCGGUGUAGCGCCCCCAGACCAGGGCUAGAGCGGGGCCGGCCGGCCGGGCAGGGGGCGCUCUGGGCACGUCCCCGCGCCCUUCCCCCGUGCGUGGGGGCAGGGAGAGGCCGGAGCCAGCCAACCCGGAACCCGGCUUCCUGCGAGUCCCUCUGGCGGCCGCCCGGAGCCGCCUCCCCGCCCGCGUCAGCGGGCAGCAGCCGGGCCGAGACGGCGACCGCGGGGCCUGGCGCGAGGAUGAACGGCGGCGGCGACGGCGCCUUGUCCCGCAGCAUCAGCUGCGCGCUGCCCACCAUCCCCUCCAGCAAGCUGCCCGACCUGCGCUUCCUCAGCCGCGGCGCCUACGGCACCGUGUCCUCGGCGCGCCACGCCGACUGGAGGGUCCCGGUGGCCAUCAAGUGCCUGCAGGGGCCGCUGCUGGACAGUGAAAGAAACAAUCUCUUAAAAGAAGCAGAGAUUUUACAUAAAGCCAGAUUCAGUUACAUUCUGCCUAUUUUGGGAAUUUGCAAUGAACCUGAAUUUCUGGGAAUAGUAACCGAAUAUAUGACAAAUGGAUCAUUAAACCAACUUUUACAUGCGAAAAAUGUGUAUCCUGACAUUGCGUGGUCACUGCGAUUCCGUAUUCUGUAUGAAAUUGCUUUGGGAGUGAAUUAUCUACACAAUAUGAGCCCUCCCUUGCUGCAUCAUGAUUUGAAGACACAGAAUAUUUUAUUGGACAGUGAGUUUCAUGUUAAGAUUGCAGAUUUUGGUUUAUCGAAAUGGCGCAUGGUGUCCACGUCACAAUCACGAGGUGACAAAUCUCUGCCAGAGGGAGGGACUAUUAUCUACAUGCCCCCUGAAGACUAUAAUCCCAGUCAGAAAACUCGUGCGAGUGUAAAGCAUGAUAUAUACAGUUAUGCCAUUAUUAUGUGGGAAGUGAUGUCAAGAAAACAGCCCUUUGAAGAAGUUAUAAACCCCUUGCAGAUUAUGUAUAGUGUGUCACAAGGAAAGCGACCAGACAUUAGUGAAGAAACUUUAUCAAUGGACAUGCCCCACCGAGUACUAAUUGUAACAUUAAUGACAAGUGGAUGGGCACAAAAUCCAGAUGAAAGACCUUCUUUUUCAAAAUGCUUAAUAGAUCUUGAACCAGUGCUGAGAACAUUUGAUGAGAUAUCAAUGUUUGAAGCAGUAAUUCUGCUGAAGAGAGAUAAGUCACAGUAUGAAUCACAAUCUAUUCGCGUAAGUCACAAGAUAGCUGAUGUGGAGCUGACAUCUGUAAAUAUACCUCUGAAUCUUAGUCCACAGGAGGAAACAUGUGCUCCCUUCCUACAAAGUGGUGUACUCCCCCUCCGCAGCAUGCCUCCUGAACUAUCAAGACUCAAGUCUGCUCCAGAGUAUAAUAUCCUCUCAACAGGUAAAGACAGCAGUUCUGAAGGACCGUGCUCCCUUGUUAGCAUGGAUGAAAAUAUCUCUCCAGCCCAGAGUGCUAACUUGUAUGUGCCCUACCGCAGUUACCCAUCCUCAUCUGGUGCAGAUCGCUCAGAUACAUCAAAUCCUACAACACGCAUGUUUCAGUCAUCCGCACUUAUCUCAGGUUUUGCUUUGGAAUCCAUGCAACAGGAUGUAGCUCACCAGUGGAUCCAAAGUAGGAGAGAAGACAUUGUCAGCCAGAUGACUGAAGCUUGUCUAAACCAGUCUCUGGAUGCCCUCCUAUCAAGGGAUUUAAUCAUGAAAGAAGAUUAUGAACUUAUCAGCACCAAACCUACAAGGACAUCAAAAGUCCGACAACUACUCGAUACUACUGACAGCCAAGGAGAGGAGUUUGCUAAAAUUAUAAUACAAAAGUUGAAAGACAAUAAACAGAUGGGCCUUCAGCCUUACCCAGAUAUAUCAUCUGCUUCUAAGACUGCAUCUUUAAAUUUGUCAUAUCAAUAUAAAGCCAUGUAAAUGUUUCCUUACUAGUAAGAGUUCCUGUUUCUGAAAGGUUACUUUAUAUCUGUAUUGCUUUGGUCUUUAUUGAAUUUUUAUCAAUAGAUCCCUGUGUGGAUACAAAAUUUGUAUCUGCAUCUGUAUCCACAAAAAUGUGCCGGAGAUAUCUGCAUUGAUGUUCGUGGAUGUAGAUACCAUGGUUAUAAAAUGGAUAGCCACAGAUUUGCAGGGUUCUAGAUACAAAAUUUGUAUCCGCAUCCAUAUCCACAAAAAUGAGCUGUGGUUGUCUGUAUGCACAUCCGCAGAAGUGGAUACCCAUGGUUAUAAAGCAGAUAUCUGUGGAUUUGCAGGGUUCUAUACAUAAAGUCUGGAAAGUGAGAGAACGAGAUGUCACUGUGGUCACAUUGUAAGGUUGAAACUAGUCAUUUUGCAGAGCAAGUAGAAAGUUAAAUAUGUACAUAUUUUGUUUAUACGUAAAAAAAGAUGUUCCCAUUUUAAAUAAUCAUAAUUAUUGCAUUUAAACAUAUUUCAUUUAAGCGCAACUGUUUAAAAUGGCUGCUCACUCACCAUCAUAGUGAGAUUGAUAAAAAAGGAAAAACCCUACAGGAGUGUGCAAAGAUGUGCUAAUGUUCAUUUCUGUUGUAAGCUGUUUGCAUAAAAUCAUAAAGAUUAGAGUUGGAAGAGACCUCAGGAGAUCUAGUCCAAUGCCCUGCUCAAAGCAGGACCAACCCCAACUAAAUCAUCCCCAGUCAGAGAGCGCUUUGUCAAGCCUUACCUUAAAAUCUCUAAGGAUGGCAUUCUGCCACCUGCCUAGGUAACCCAUUCCAGAGCUCCAUCACCCUCCUAGUGAAAUAAUUUUUCCUAAUAUUCAACCUUGUCCUCCCCCACUGCAUUUUGAGAUCCAUUCUGUCAUCUGCCAUCACUGAGAAUAGUGUGGCUCCAUCCUUUUUGGAACAUUAUCCUUCCAGAUAGUUUUGUUCCUUCCCUAAAGAACACUAAGACUACCAAAGUUUCAUAUUCCUGUAUUUAGAUUUUAACUUUGCCUCUUCACUCAAAUAGCUAGCAGUGGUAAAUCUCAUGAUUCCAGACCUGCGCCUGUUCCCAUUUCACUCAAAGGAAGUCAACAGACUAACAUGUUAUCUGCAAGAACAUUGCUGUCUAAUUCAUCUCUUGUCCUCACAAGCUUCACACAAGUUCACAUCUCAAAUGUAAAAUGUUGCAUAUGAUUCAUAAAACUUCUAAUUCCAAUUUAUUUUUAAUGUCUACAUAACUUGCAGUAAGCAGUGACUUUGUGUGGUAUAUUAAGAUCAAGCAUAUGCUGCCCAGGUGUGUUAGCAGCAACACAAUAAACACACAGGACCUCUUUUGACUGGCAAGAACUGAAAGUGCUGCAGAGCUAACCUACGUACUUCUGGAACAAAAAGUGUUAUGUGCUGACCUGUAGUAAUGUUCUCUGGUACUGAAAAGAAUGGUGUUCAGCCAAGCCAUAGAGGUGGAAAUUCUGUGCCUGCCAGAGGCUUGCAGUUUGCGGUAACAUUCCCCUUUAACAAAAGUUCCUGCCUUGAACCAAUAAAUAAUCGCAAAUCCCC